AGCGUUUUCUGGGCCUUCUGGCCCAAAGUUUUAUAACGAGUAGAUUUUUGAAUGAAGAUCCAACAGCUCUUUCCCUCCUCUCACAACAGAAAAAAAUAAUUUCGACUAGGGUUUCCAAUUGAUUGGCUGAUUCUUCUCAUCGCUUUUUGUGAUCUGCAAAUUCGAUAGCUGAAAGAGCUGAUUCAUAUUCCUGAACGUAGAUUUGAAGGUUUGUACUGCUCUUUAUAUUAAAACAUGGAGAAAACAGACGCCGUAAUUGCUGAAGAAGGAGUUCUGGAUGUAAAAAAUCAGACAGAGAAGUCAAGUGUUCUAUCUCCUUUACCCUUGCAGAAGAGGGGGGACACUGGAGUUGCAACAGAAUUUUCAUCUUUGACACCAGCGAAAAAGAAUGAGCAAUCACACAUCACCCAUGAAAUAGAUAUUGCUGAGCUUCCUGAAAAAUACAGAAACUUGUCAGAGUUCUUUGAUCGCAUUCUUUGCUCGCUGAGGUUGCUCAAUCUACGAAAACGGUCACCUACUUUUCAGAACGUGUCCAGUCAGGUUGAAGUACUGACAGGAAGAAAAUUCACACACAAGCAUCUCGCACAGAUAAAGUACAUAGUUCCUGAAGCCAUUCAGAUAGAUAAACUACUUGUACAUGAUGCGACGACCAUGUGUAUGAAGCCAGAUGUUAAUAUUACCUUGCAUUUUGAUGUUGUGGAAGAUCACCAAGAACACUCGAAGUUUAUGACCCUCAACAGUCUUUUUGCAUCCAGGCUUAUGAAUUUUCUCCGCAAACAUGCUCAGCAGGAUUGUGACAUCCCUGAAGCCAUACUUCCUGACCCGUUUAACCAAAGAUGCCUCACUAGCAAUGCAGACUUGCCUUUGGAUUUAUCAAGUUCUCAUGAAUCCAAAUCAUUAUCAUCAUCCCAUCUCUGUCCAUCCUUCAGUCCACGCUUUUCUCGGCAAACGGCUUUUGCAGAAGCAAAAAUAGAUCAGUUCUCGGUACCUUUGUCCACAUGCUCACCUUGUGAGUCUGAGUGUACAUUGAAUCGGGAACUUGACUCUAAAAUGACAUCUCCCGAGUCAUCCAAAUCUUCCAUCAACCUGAACAAUGUUGAAGAGUGCCAACCUAUACCUGGUUGUAGUUUGGUUGGAAAUGAAAGAACUCCUAUGAAGAUUCUGCCUGAGAGUGAAAUAAUGCUUGAAACACCUGCUCAACCGACACCUAAGAGAUCGGUUCCAAUUACCGAAGACAAGCACAAGAAAAUGACAGACCAAGAUUCUGUUGUUCUGAAUUUAACUGUCAAAAGGUCAUUAGAUUUUUCCACAUUGGCUGGCGAAGAGAUGUCUUCAGAUUUGAUUUCUGGAAGUCUAGAACAACAUCAUGACCUUAACAUAGAAAGGAAGAAUAUGUCAAAGGAAGAUCAUGUUAAUGCUGAUAUAUGCCCUAAUGAGGUUCAAGAAAAGAGUUGCUCCUUUAGCAAGGAAGAGAAGAUUUAUCCAAGUCAUUUAACUGCAGCCCGGCAGGAAUCCUUCAGUUUAUCUGAUCUUGUUCGUCUAAUUCACCGCAUUUUUCAGUCUGUUGGCUGUCGAUCAAUGACUAAAGUGGAACUUGUUCACAAGAUCAUAGUGAAUGACUUUGAUAUUGAUGAGAACACUGAUGUGGAAGGGCAAAUAGAACUUCUUGAAAGGCUAGUUCCAGAUUGGCUAUGUAAGAAGUCUGCUCCUACUGGAGACCUUGUGUACAGUAUCAAGAACGCUUCUGACUUGAACUCUGUCUGCGAAAGGGUUGUAGGUGUAUGAUCUAUUUGGUUCAAGGGACAUUCUGUUGGAGUUGCUCAAAGUGGAUACAAUACUUAUGGUUCCUCAACCUACUUGCAGCAUAUACGAGAAUUUGAUGCAUUCCUGGAGUAUUAAAAGGGAGGGUGAUGGUUAAGUCUAAAACAUGUAGCCAGUGCAUACAUUUGUAUUGAAAUAUUUUCUGAAGUAGAGUGGUGUUAAUGAUGACUGCAGAGCAGCUUGUUUGCAUUUAAGUUGCAGUAGAUUUGUAGUAUGUCAUUGCUCAACUAAUUGAUUGAUAAAGCAGUUUGGUGUUACAUUU